CCGAGCCCUCCCAGCACCCUCCAGCACAAGAUGGCGGCACGGGGCGCUCCGCUUUUUCCUGUCUGAGGGAACACGAGGGGCUGUGUGCCGCUGCGUUCCAGGUAACUCUGCGAGCCUGUCGGGCGUGUGCUGACGUGCUGCUGUCUCGGGCCGGCUCGAUCCUCAGCUUCGGCAUGCAGUGGAGUUCCGCGUGAGUCCGCGAGAAGGCAGAAGCGGAGCCCCGGCGGGUGCGAUGGCCGCGGUGGUGGCCAAGCGGGAAGGGCCGCCGUUCAUCAGCGAGGCAGCCGUGCGAGGCAACGCCGCGGUCCUGGAUUACUGCCGGACCUCCGUGUCAGCGCUGUCGGGGGCCACAGCCGGCAUCCUCGGCCUCACCGGCCUCUACGGCUUCAUCUUCUACCUGCUUGCCUCCGUCCUGCUCUCCCUGCUCCUAAUUCUCAAAGCGGGAAGGAGGUGGAACAAAUAUUUUAAGUCACGAAGACCUCUCUUUACAGGAGGCCUCAUCGGAGGCCUCUUUACCUACGUCCUCUUUUGGACAUUCCUCUAUGGCAUGGUGCACGUCUACUGAAAUGAGGGCAGGGGUGACUUUAAAACAGAUCGGCAAGACUCUUGCCAGAAUUAACACCUUGUAGACUUACUUAGUUUUUAAAUUGUUGGAAUUCGCUGCUUGUUCUGUACUGUUAUUUAUAUCUGAAGACAGAGAGCCUGUAAUAUUAUUCUUCAGAUUAAAUGAAGUGUGACACCUUGUCGUUCUUUCCCACCUUGAUGCUUAGCCAAACUUUGAAGUCGCCAAGAUUUGCUCCUUGGAGAGCAGGUACUAGGCCACCGCCUGUACAUUUGGGGGUGGAGGGGGAAUUUAUACCUAGUAAGUCCAAAGGGACCGCUAGGGCUUACAUGAGAGAAUUUAACCUUAACAUCGUAAGAACUGAUCACAGUUCGUGUUACUAAGCUUUCUCUCUGUACGAGCAUUGUGUGUUUUAAUUCAGAUGUUACUGUUAACCUGUUGUUGAAGAACCUGAAGCUCAUAGAGGUUAGUUGUCUCUGCCAGAGGUGGCUCAUCUGGGAGGAGGCAGGGCUUCCAGUUAGAAGUCUGUUCCUUAUGCUGUAUUGAUGAGAGUACCCUAGCACCCCACUGCUCUCCGGUAUGAGUGAAAUCAUUUAAGUUCUAGUUACACCUGGUCUCAGGUAGUUGUCUUUCCUUUAACAAAAAAAAA